AUGCUAGAUGUUCAAAAUAAAGAUUUAAGGUCCACUAUUGCUAAACAAAGAGUGAUGAUAGAUAUUUCUGAAUCAUUUCCAAGAAUACACGAACUUUCAAAUUUAGUUUUAAAAAAUUUGGAAAGUAUUACAGAAAAACAAAAAAUUUCAAUUUCCGUUUCUCCUUUAAAAGCUAGAACAAAUAUUUCCUCAAUAUCUAAUGUUUCAAAGGUAACAAGUAAAAAUGUAGAUAAAGUCGUUUCCAAGGCUGAUAAUGUUGAUUUCUGUAAUCAAAUGCAACCUGAAUUACUUUCAAAUCAACCCCAUAAUAUAUUAGAGGAUUUUAAUGGUAUUCAGAAAACUAUUGUUAUUGAAAAGGACACAGUUGUUGAAGUGAGCAAAGAAAUUGUUGAUAAACCAAAUCAGUCAACAAUUGAUAAAAUAGCAAACCCUAAGGAUAUGGAAAUUGUAAAAAAAGUUGCUUCUAGUGCCAUGGACCAAUCUGAGGUGUCUUCAGAAAAUUGGGUUGAACUUUGGCCUAAAUCAGGAAUAGAAGUUAACUCAUUCGCGUUGUCAUCAAUCAACCGUAAAUGCCUAUCUAAAAUGAUAUCGGAUCUUAUGAUUAUUUUAUUCACCGACGAUGAACUACGCAAUGGAUCAGUUACUGGCAAAAAAAGUAAUUUCAUAAAAAGUGGAGAACUAAAAAAACAGCUUGAUGUAAACAAAGUGAAGGCAAUAAAAGAUUUUACACACGAUAUUUUCAGAGAUGUUACUGAUGAAAUUAUGAACAAAGCUAUAAGAACAAAACUAAAUAAUUUUUCAAAGAAACCAAAAGCCCUAGACUUCAAUGCUGGUUCAGCUACCAGGCUUAAAAAUACCAUUUAA